CAACAACUCAAAUUGUCUACCAGUAUUCAUCUGCACCUCGGCCAGCCCAGCGCUUGAGUGUGCCAACUGCAUCCAAGCACACGUCUGCAUUGAUUUCUGUUCUUCCAGCCCGGAGUUUUCACUUCCUGUCAAGUGCCUACCUAUAUAUCUGUUCCUCGACGCGGCACUCACUCCAUCGCCUUUACGUUACUCCGCCCCUACGCUGUGUAAUUUCACCCUCGGUCACAAUACUCUCUCAUUGCCUUCAACAUGCCUUUCAAUACUGAAUUGACUCGCCGUCUCGGCAUUGAAGUCCCCGUCGUUCAAGGUGGUAUGCAAUGGGUGGGCUACGCAGAAAUGGCUGCUGCCGUCUCUAAUGCUGGUGGUUUGGGAAUCUUGACUGCCCUCACACAACCUACCCCUGAAGACCUUCGCAAGGAAAUCCGCAGGACAAGAACCAUGACCAAGAAGCCUUUCGGCGUCAACAUCACCCUCCUGCCCACAAUGAAUGCUCCUCCUUAUGGCGAGUACGCCCAAGUCGUUAUCGAUGAAGGCAUCAAGGUUGUUGAGACUGCUGGAAACUCCCCCGGCCCAGUCAUCAAGCUGCUAAAGGCGGCCGGCAUCAUCAUCCUCCACAAGUGCACUACCAUCCGACACGCCCAAUCCGCCGUCAAACUCGGCGUCGACUUCCUUUCCAUUGACGGUUUCGAGUGCGCCGGCCACGUUGGCGAAUCAGACAUCACCAACUUCAUCCUCCUUUCUAAAGCCAGACAAGUCCUAGGUGUGCCGUUCAUCGCCUCGGGUGGAUUUGCUGAUGGUCAAGGUCUCGCCGCCGCAUUGGCCUUGGGCGCUGAGGGCAUUAACAUGGGAACUCGCUUUAUGGCCACGGUCGAGGCACCAAUCCACCAAAAGAUUAAGCAAGCCAUUGUCGACGCCUCAGAGCAUGAUACUGAGCUUGUCAUGAGAAGAUGGACUAAUACCUCGCGUCUAUUCAAGAACAAGGUGACUGCGGAAGCCGUGCGGAUUGAGAAGACGAGCACGACUGGCAAGUUCGAGGAAAUCGCUCCCUUUGUCUCCGGCAAGCGUGGACGAGAAGUCUUUAUCAACGGUGACAAGGAUUUCGGCGUGUGGACCGCUGGUCAAGUUAUUGGCCUGAUCAAUGAUGUGCCCACUUGUGAAGAGCUCCUCCGCAGAAUUGAGAAGGAGGCCGCCGCCGCCAUCGCAAGAACUAGCAAGUUUUACCAGCCCCAGAGCAAGCUAUGAUUUUGAAAUUAGGGUUGGGUGCACAGCUUGUUGUAUGUUUUAUAGAAUGGACAGAGGCAUCUAGAAUAUCCCAUCUAGAAUUCAUUUGCUGUCAACGGG